UGCGACGAGCGUCAUCCGGCAUGUUUCAAUUGCACAAGAUACCGAAUUGUUUGCAGCUUUGUCAGUGAUGGAAGCUCAACGACCCAGGACAAUCUUUCGACCUGCCAUGCCUGUCUAAGGCCUUUCGAACCAUCGGGAUUGGCAACACCAACAUCGGAAACUCCCGGUCUUCCCCAGAGACCCGCGUCAAAUCAGAUACCCGAGUCUCCCGCAAGUGCUAGGAAGAGGUCCCUUCCCAAUGAUGGCAGUACCGACUUUCUUGAUCUUGUUCCAAAAUAUCCAAGAAUAGCCUCUCCGGCCUCCUCGACUAUUUCUGACGACUCUUGGACUACCGACAUCGACUUGAUGCACCAUUACUGUGUUCUGACAUGCGACACUAUGGGCUAUCGAGACACCGUCAGACAUGUAUGGCGUGAAGUGUUUCCGAGAGAGGGACGUCGACAUGGCUUUGUGAUGCAUGGGCUUCUCGCUAUAGCAGCUCUCCACAAAGCUUCCAUGUUGCCCGCAGGCGAACGACAUUUGUACCUUACCCGGAGUGCGUACCACUACGACAAAGGACAAGAGACGUUUCGCAGCCUGUUAUCGAAUGUCACCGAGGACAACUGGAAAGCCAUGUUCUGCUUCUCGGCUGUAGUCAAUACUCGGGCAUGCACGCCGGCCACAUGUCCAGGAAACAGUUCAAAUGCAAAUACGUCGAUAUCGGAUGUGGUGAACCUCCUAUCAAUCAUGAGAGGUGUGCGCGCCAUCCUCGAGGGUUGGACGGUAAGGAUUAGGGAGAGCGAUCUGGCUGCAAUGACACAUGGCAUACCCGUGAUUGGGGCACUUGAAGCCUGUUUGUCGGGAUCACAUGCUGAUGUCGUGCUCAUUUUGUGUUGCAGCAAUACCCGUCCAAGCCUCGAAGGAAGCCGUUUACCACGAGACACGUUUGAUGCCCUGUCCCACCUCCGGUCUCUUUACCGCUCUCAGCAACACCCAAUUCCGAACCGUGCAGACUACAACGCAAUGGUAUCGUCUCUCGAAAGGAGUUGCAUCGGUUUGGCCAACGUGGGCCUGCAAGUUGAAGUCAGCGCCUGCCUCCUAUGGACAUACUCCAUCCCGGAGUCAGUCAUUGAUGAUCUCCGGCGGAACGAGCCACAUGCAUUGGUGUUGUUAUCUUACUUGAAUGUGUUCAUCGCGGUUUUGGACAAAGACUAUUGGUUCUUUCGCGGAUGGUCAAGCCAACUCUUGGCAGAUAUAAACAGCCACUUCAAGGAAGAUCACCGUUUCGACGAGUGGUUGGCAUGGCCCAGAGGUAACACUUAG